AUGGAACCAUUUAUGUCGAAGAAGGAGAACACAGAUUUUGAGUUCAUUUAUCGGAUGUUGCAAGACGUGAAAGAAUCGUGUGAUGCACAUCAUGAGAAAAGGCGCAAGAAUGGCGAGAUAGGGCAGGCUGAGGUCGUUGGACAGAGCAAAAAAAUGUGGGCCUUGGCUGACUUGGGCAUGCUGAUGCUGACCUACAGGGGAAAGAUCACUAUACGACAUGAGCCGCGUAAGCCGCUUCUAUCCACACGAUUCUUCAUUCGCGAUAAGAACUCUGAACAUGCAGGACUGGUAUGUGCUCCUCACGAACUGAUCGAGGAUGAGAAGGAACGAAAUGGGAAGCCGCCUGCAGAACAAAAGCGACGUUUUCUGAAUACGACCUCCAAUGUUACAUUGGCUAAGAAGGCUGCCUCCAAGAAAUCGAAGAAACUUCAGAGCGUUCGGAAGAAUACAAACAAAACACGAGAUCGUGGUGAUGCUUCGUUUUCGCCAAAAAAUAAUGCCAGCACUGAGACCACCCGAAGGAGAGAUGCGGACGCUGACAAAAAUGUAAGCCGUGGUACCAUUUCCUCACCGGAAAGCAUUGUUAGUUUUGCUUGU